AUGGCCUCUCAAGCAUCGCAGAAGAUUGCAAUCCUUUCGGUCUAUGACAAGACCGGUCUUCUUGAUCUGGCCAAAGGUCUGAUCAAGCAGAACAUCCGUCUAUUAGCAUCUGGUGGAACUGCCAAAUUGAUCCGUGAGGGCGGUUUCCCGGUCGAAGAUGUCUCGGCCAUUACAAAGGCUCCGGAGAUGCUUUCUGGCCGCGUGAAGACUCUCCACCCCGCCGUUCACGCUGGUAUCCUGGCGCGUGAUCUUGCAUCGGACGAGAAAGACCUUGCAGAGCAGAACAUCUCCAAGGUGGACUACGUGAUUUGCAACCUGUACCCAUUCAAGGACACCGUUGCCAAGAUCAACGUCACAAUUCCAGAGGCCGUCGAGGAGAUUGAUAUUGGUGGGGUCACGCUCAUUCGCGCUGCUGCAAAGAACCACAGUCGUGUCACAAUCCUCAGCGACCCUGAAGAUUACCACGACUUCCUGCAGGAGCUUGCCAAGGGUGAAGUUACUGAGAAGCAGCGCCAACUCUACGCAUUGAAGGCCUUCACUCACACUGCAGACUACGAUGCCGCCAUUGCCGAUUUCUUCCGGAAACAGUACGCCGGGGACGGAACACAGCAGAUUGCUCUGCGCUACGGCACCAACCCACACCAGAAGCCUGCUGCCGCCUACUCAAACAACAGUGCGCUGCCAUUCAAGGCUCUCAGCGGCUCGCCCGGCUACAUCAACCUCCUGGAUGCACUCAACGCUUGGGCGCUUGUCAAGGAACUUACUGAGGCGCUUUCUUAUCCUGCUGCUGCUUCGUUCAAGCACUGCUCCCCGGCUGGAGCAGCCAUUGGUGUCCCUCUCAACGAUGUCGAGAAGAAAGUCUACAUGGUCGAAGACAUUGAAGGCAUUGAUGCAUCCGGCCUGGCACAAGCCUACGCUCGUGCUCGUGGUGCCGACCGCAUGUCCAGCUUCGGAGACAUGAUUGCGCUUUCCCRCGAGUGCGAUGUCGCAACUGCCAAGAUCAUUGGCAAGGAGGUCAGCGACGGAGUCAUUGCCCCCAGCUACGCCCCUGAAGCUCUGGAGAUCCUCGGCAAGAAGAAGGGCGGCAAGUAUCUUGUGCUCCAGAUGGACCCCAACUACGUUCCACCUCCUCAAGAGCACCGAACCCUAUACGGCGUGCACCUUACCCAACACCGCAACGAUGCYGUAAUCCACCCUCAGAAGACCUUCAACUCUAUCAUCACACCCAAGGACUCUAAGCCUCUAGUUGAAUCCGCUCUGCGGGAUUUGACCGUGGCAACGAUUGCGCUCAAGUUCACCCAGUCCAACUCCGUCUGCUACGCCUUGAACGGCCAAGUCAUCGGCCUUGGUGCUGGUCAGCAGUCUCGCAUCCACUGCACGCGUCUCGCAGGUGACAAAGCUGACAACUGGUGGAUGCGUUUCCACGAGCGUGCCCUAGGCAUCAAGUGGAAGAAGGGAACCAAGCGUGCCGACAAGAGCAACGCAAUCGAUCUCCUGUGCUCAGGCAUCGUACCUGAGAGCGGUUCCGAGCGUCAGGACUGGGAGAGGAACUUUGAAGAAGUCCCGACACCAUUCACGGCCGAGGAGCGCAAGGCGUGGUUGGGCAAGCUGUCUGAGGUGGCUUGCUCGAGCGAUGCUUUCUUCCCAUUCACGGACAAUGUGUACCGUGUUGCAAGAAGUGGUGUGAAGUAUCUCGCUGCGCCGACUGGUAGUCAGAAUGAUCAGGCUUGCUUUGACACCGCCGAGGGAAUGGGCAUCACUUAUGUCCAGCAGCACACAAGACUGUUCCAUCACUAG